ACUUUUUACAAACUCCAGCAUAUAUAUAAGAAUAGAUCGCUGAACUAAAAGGUAUAAUAGUACCUAUAAAAAAAAAAGAGAGGGGGGCGGCUGAGAACGGCGAUUAGAGGACCUCUGCGAGUGAAAUACGGUACAUUCAAGAAAAGAGACUAAGUAGUAGCCGCCGCCGCCGCCACGGAGGAGCGAGACCUUCCUUCAGUUCUCCGCAGCCGCUCUUCCUCAAACUGUCACACUUCGGUCCCACGUGUGGAUGCGGUUGGACAGUGACGGCGCUCGCUCUGCCGGACGUCACCGCAGUCAGUGUUGUACGCGCUGGCGUGCUUUUACUGUAGUGCUGUCUGCAAGUCACCACGCUGCCCUGGUGUAGUACCGCGUUUCGAGCGACUCUUCCACCCCACGCGGAGUCUGGGGAGUCGCGCCGAACUCUUCCUCCUGGAUUUCUAUCUAUUUCAUGGGCACAUUUUCGGAACUAACGCAAAGAUGCAGCUUGGCUUGAGUGAACCACCACAGACAGAGAUGCUGAGCAGCAGAAAACGAUCAUGCUCCGCCGAGCCAGUGUUUCCCAAAAAACUGCCCAGGAUGGAAAGACUUGUAGGAGGUCCUGGACCUCUGGGACUCAGCAAAGCAAUAAGCCUGUCUCGUACGUUCCAAAAGGAACCUAUAAAGUACACUGAAGCCCUGUUUUCAUACCACCUCAAUGGAAAAGGGACUGCCCUUCCACCCCUCCGGAGAUCCCCAAAGAACAGUGUGAGUCAAAUAAUUCAUCCCUUUAAUGCGGAGAGACAAUUAUCACAUGAUAUUUUGUACAGAACAGAGAAUAUGGCUUUCCCAGUGGAGGGUUCUCGGAUCUCUGUGCCACAAGAACACUCAACCGAAUCUCUUUUCAAACCUUAUAAAAGAAACGUGCAGAAUUGUUCACCCAGUGCUCUAGGAAUCCAUACUCCUACAGCUCUGAGAAAAUUAACCCCACACUCCAGAAGCCCUCCUGGUCUAGUUAUCCCCAAACCAAUUUAUGGUCAUAGGCCAUGCUGUAUGAAGUCUGGAUACACAUCAGGACCAUGCUAUAGCAUUGACCAUGCCUUACCAAGGAUAAAUCGAAGCAUCUCCAACGAAGAAUGGCUGAGACAGUAUGGUCCCAUAGCUCUGCUGCAAAGAAAAGCUCAUGAAGGAUUAAUAGAAGAACGUAUUCGUCAGCUGGAACAGAAAGGUGCCAAAUUUCCUAUGAAAGAGGCAAAUCCGGAAUUUUACUGUCCCACAGGAUCUGCAGAAAACUUGAGAAUUCCCACUUUAGCGGAGCCAAAGUUCAUCGCUCCUUACCUUCACCCUUCUCCCUCUUUGUUAAACUACUCCUCCACACAAAUUUCCAAUUUACAGCCUCUGCCUAAUGUGAACCAUGGCAAACCUCCAUCUCUGUCAGGUUCCAUUAAUGAGGUGCAGGAGGUAGCCCUGUCAAACCAGGGCGUCUUCAUCAGAAUUAACCAAGAUGAUCAUGGUCACCCUGUGCUGAGCUUCCCUCAGGAAAACAUGCAUGCUGACACUAUUGCAAGUGAUGUUGGAGGGAAAUGCACAGAGGGAGUUUCAUCUAAUGUGAAAAAAGGCAUCUUUAGAAAGCCUAUGUGGCAGCGUGAAGACCCUCGAUUCCUUUUUAUGGAUGUUCCAGUUCCCAGUUCACCAGCCCAUCGUCCAUUUCUUCGACCCUUUGAGCAGUCACCUCAUCAUGUGUGUAAAAUCUACUCGCGUAGAGGGCAGCAGGACAGCAGUUUGUUUUCGGAGGAACCUGUCAGCCGUCUUCACGGACAGCGAGGAGACUGGCCUGCAUGUGUACAAAAGGCACAGAUUAGAUCUUCUCCAGAACAUCUAUGUCAGUCUCACGGCUCGGGCGCAGUUGAACGUUUGCAGCCGUACUCUGAUAAUGAGUAUAUGUGUAAUUUGGCACGGGAAAAGUGCAACGUCCUUGUAAAGAACAGAUCUGACGAUGACUGCAGUUCAAAAGAAGCCUUACAUCACCCCACCACUGGGAAGCAUCCCAAAAGGACAGACCGUAAUGGGGAGAAACCUGAACAUGCAGAACGUGCCUCUUCGCUUCCUUCAGAAGUAUAUGCUUGCAAAAAGCAAAGGUCAAGUGACUGUAACAAAUCAUUUGCUAAUAAAUUAUCUUUGGAGGAACAUUCAGAGGAUGCAGAUAGUAUCCGUGCUGUUAAGACUCCCAAAACAGAUGGAGAAAAAGUCCCUCAAGAAGAGGAACAUGAACUGCAGGCAUCUUCUUCACCUCCCAUGCCUGUUAUCAACAAUGUCUUCAGCUUGGCGCCGUGUCAAAGUUACCUGGAAAAGCAAGAGAAAGUGCAGAAGGUUAAAGCAGAGGUAACUCUCGCGACCUGUUCAUUGCAGAAGUGUGACGACAAAGGCGCGGAGGUGCAUCGGCGCCUAAAGAAGACGGCCGUUAAGAAGAGUGACGCUGACGUGGUGACGGUUUCAUCUUACGGUGCUGUUGACCUGUGCGUGAAAACUGAAAAACGUGGAGGUUUGCUGCGUAAAAGCCAGUUAUGUACAGACGGCUUAGAUCGCGUGGGAAAUGUACAAAAUCAGGUCCCGCAGCAUAAAUCCAGUGAACCCUCUUUUCUUACGCUGUCCUUCAAUUCGGCACCACCGCCUCGGAGUCAUGCGGAGACGACGUUUUCGUUUCAGCCCGUUCCCGGACAGUACCUCAAACUGUCGGCUUUCAAAAAUGUCCUACCAGAUAUUUUCACAGCUGGUGGCAAAGAAGCUCACCUCUCGGCCCAACGGAGCACAAAUGACUCCAAGCAGGCUCAUCAUCUCUUCAUGAAAGUGCAUCUGUCACUGUGUAGACACAUCUCCAGCUCCGUCUCCUGCACCAAAGAGCAGGAGCUGAGAGCUUGGCUCGCUGAGGGGGAGAUGGAUCGGACGCCGAGCGUCUGCCCUCUGCUGGGGGCCUCCGUGAGGGAGAUCUGGCUGAGGUGCCAGGACACUGCAGCAGCGCUCAGCCAGGUCAUUUGCCAGCUGGAGAACUUUGUCUCCUGCCAUCAGUGCCCGUUCCCUCAUGUGAUUCGCGCCGGAACCAUUUUUAUCCCCAUGCUGGUAGUCAAGGAGGUCCUGUUCCCCGACAUUCCGGGAGAACUCAUUGACCAGGUUCUGCAGGAGCACCGCAUUGAGCUGCGGCCCACUACGCUUUCUGAGGAGAGGCACCUGAUGCAGCUGCAGAAACGAACCUGCUCGUCCAAGCAGAGGAGGCUUCUCUCACUCAGACAGCUGCCGGACAUUUACCCCGACAUCCUCAAUCUGUUUUACCUCACCUGUGUCAAGGAACGCCUAGGUUCCGCUUCACCCGAUGGCAGCCAACCCAGUGCACGCGUUUCUGCCGGAGUAUCAGUCGGUCCCCGAGGGUUGUAAUUUUCAGCACUUCACGGCGAAACAUUUAACCGAAAACUUAAAGUCAAAUUUAAGCUUAUUUUGAAACUUUUUUGUUAUACACAUGAAUAUACUAAUUUUAUACAUACUAUAUAGGAAUUACCUAAGUGAAUUCAUCUUGUUUUGCUUGGUUUUGAAAUUGCAGUGAAGUAGAGCCACAUUACAUAAUUAUAAGAAGAACAAUGUGCAGUGUGUUGUAGCAGGAAGCAGUCGGUUUUGUAACAAAAACGGCACGGGGCUUUUCCUCGGAACAAUUACUGCAAAUCCAGAUUAACUAUUCCAGGGAAUCCUGCACUGUAUUGACUUUGGCUGGUUUCCCUUUUGAGAGAAAAAGCAAGAACUAUGUAGAACAGGUCAAAGAAAAGGUGGCCUAUUUAAUUCCAUUGUUAUUACAUUCACAAUGAGGUUAUCUAGAUGAUGUGACCCUGCUGCAGUGAUUUAUUUCAUUUGACUCUUAUGUGCAGUCAAAUGCUGUGAAGCAGAUAUCUUUUGAGUGAUGACAUGUUGUAAACAUGACCUCUCCAAUGGCAGAUUGUAAAAUUAUUGAAUGCCGUACGCGAGAACCCACCUUUGAAUCCCCUGCCUAGCACACACUUGUGUUUCCAACUGAGGUGGUGUGUGUAUGACCUAACAAAAGAGGGUUCAAACACACAAAAAAGUCUGAACACUUGUAUAAUCGCAAAAAUUGGGCUGAAAGCAAUUAAUUGUCAUAUUUGUCAUUUCAUUAUCUUUGUAAUUUACAAGCUGUCACUGUAAUAAAAACCCAUUAAUCCAAGUUAUUGGGAUUUCUUUCAAUCUAUUCAACUGGAGGGAGGUUCACAAUAACCCAGAUGCAUGAUGUCCACACAGCUUUUUAUAUUCUUCCAACCCACCCAUAUCCCACUGGGCUUACAGUACAUAACCCCUGUGUCCUGUCCAUAUGCGACCCAGUAAAGCAUAAUAUAGAGUAACAAAAUGUUUUCAUCCCAGACUUUAGGGUAGUGCUUUUCUAAAUUUAUGACAUUUACGAGUAUGACCACCUCUGCCGCCUUCUA